GAGAAAUCCUUUCUGAGGGUGUGGUUCUGCAGCUAUCGCAAAGAUAUUGCGUGAUUCGACCAAGGUCGUCACCAUACAUUGCUUCGCGUGAUUCAGCGCUGCACCAAGUGAUUACGUACGGAGUUGGUCAACCCGCUGAGCCAAGCGGAAAUCGUUGUCCGGCUCUGCCGAAUUGCUCCACUUAGCGGGACCGGAAUCGGCUGCUGCUGCUGCUGCUGCUGGUCCGUUGUGCCCGUUAGAUCGGGCUCUCGUAGGUAAUGCGGAGCCGUAUCAGCCCGCGGAUUCAAGGGCCGUUUGUUUGGCUGACCGAGACCAUCCGUAUCUACUGACCCGUUAAGUCAAGAACAGACCCGCUGCACUUUAUGCCUCGAGACCCUCGGGCGUAUCUACUCCUUCGCGACCGUGUACGUCAUGCAGGCUGCUACAAUAUCUUCCCUCUCGAAUCUUGUCUUUGAAACCGUGCUAACAGCAGUGUUGUUUCAAGAUUGCACGUGUGUGCGACCAUGUAAAAGACCGCAGCAGAGUAUUCUAGCAGAAUAACGAUUUCACCAACUGCUGAGGAUCGUUAUUGCUUAUAUUGUUGUCGUCUAACAACAAGAUUACUGUAUUAUUUGCAACGAGGAUUAUUGAGAUAAUUAUUUUUAAACAUUGAUUGAGAUCGUAACAAUUCUAGCUGUAAAUGAAGAAAAUAAUACGAAAAGAUUUUUAAGUACUGACUUUCGUGCACGAUUUUUUUUUCUGGAUGGAGAUGCGAGAUAACAUCGAGGCCUCUCGGAUAACAUUCUCGUUUGUUUGCAGAACCGGCGGCGGCAGUAUGCUAGGCGACGUGAACAUCUCCGCGAUACUGGACUCCUUUUCCGUCAGUUACGAUAAAAGAGUAAGGCCGAACUACGGAGGUCCGCCCGUGGAGGUCGGCGUCACCAUGUAUGUCCUCAGCAUCAGCUCCGUGUCCGAGGUGUUGAUGGACUUCACGUUGGAUUUUUACUUCCGACAAUUCUGGACGGAUCCGCGACUCGCGUUCAAGCCGCGAACGGGUGUGGAGACGCUCAGCGUUGGCUCAGAAUUCAUCAAGAACAUUUGGGUACCAGACACCUUCUUCGUCAACGAGAAGCAGUCGUACUUUCACAUCGCUACCACCAGCAACGAGUUCAUUCGUAUUCACCAUUCGGGCAGCAUCACGCGUAGCAUACGCUUAACGAUUACAGCAUCGUGUCCCAUGAACUUGCAAUAUUUCCCGAUGGACCGGCAACUGUGCCAUAUCGAGAUCGAGAGCUUUGGAUACACAAUGCGCGAUAUUCGGUACAAAUGGAACGCCGGCCUACAGUCGGUCGGCAUCUCGAACGAGGUGGAACUACCGCAGUUUCGCGUGCUCGGUCACAGGCAACGACAGACAACCAUACACCUAUCUACAGUCGGAUACACGAUGAGGGACAUCCGGUACAAGUGGAACGAGGGCCCGAACAGCGUCGGGGUCAGCAACGAGGUCUCCCUGCCUCAAUUCAAGGUCCUCGGUCACCGCCAACGUGCCAUGGAGAUUAGUCUUACCACCGGGAAUUACUCGCGGCUGGCCUGCGAGAUCCAGUUCGUACGGUCGAUGGGCUACUACCUGAUCCAGAUCUACAUACCCUCGGGGCUGAUUGUCAUAAUAUCGUGGGUGAGCUUUUGGCUAAACCGAAACGCGACCCCCGCUCGGGUGGCCCUCGGAGUAACCACUGUGCUCACUAUGACGACCCUAAUGUCCUCGACGAACGCGGCGCUACCAAAGAUCUCCUACGUCAAGUCCAUCGACGUCUAUCUGGGCACCUGCUUCGUCAUGGUCUUUGCCUCGUUGCUCGAGUACGCCACGGUGGGCUAUAUGGCGAAGAGGAUUCAGAUGCGGAAGAACCGCUUCCAAAAGAUCGCCGAGAGCAUGAAGGCCGCGAGCGAGAACCCAGGACCGCCGCGCGUGCCCGGCGAUCAUGGCGAUCACGCGCCUAAGCAAACUGAGGUGCGGUUCAAGGUGCACGACCCAAAGGCACACAGCAAAGGUGGGACACUCGAGAACACCAUAAACGGCCGCGCCGACGAAGAAUCGGCGGGCGCGCCGCAACAUCUUAUUCACCCUGGCAAGGAUAUCACCAAGCUCUACGGUAUGAGUAGACCAUGCAUCACGCCGUCGGACAUCGACAAGUAUUCACGCAUCGUGUUCCCGGUGUGCUUCGUCUGCUUCAACCUGAUGUACUGGAUCAUUUACCUCCACAUCAGCGACGUGGUCGCGGACGAUCUCGUACUGCUCGAGGAGGCAAAGUAAACGGCGACGUCGCGGCGCUCCGGAUCGAGAAGAGGACCCGGCCGAGCGGGAGGAGUGCGGGCGCGAGCACUCGCCAAACGACGAGAGGACGAGGGCCGGAAGUCGCGAGAAGCCAGAACAAGAGCGGCAAGACUUCGACGUGGGCGGAGUAGCUGAAGUAGUAGCUGAGUACCAGCGAGCGGCGGAAGACAUUCGCUCGAAACGCGCGCCUAGCUCGAGGACGAGUAGUCUCGCUUGGUCACGACCGCGAGUAGCAGCGGGUGGAGUAAGGGCAGCCACGCGGCCGGUGCCUACUACUCUCGCUAACCGACCAGCGAGUAAAAACGGACGAACGCAACCGCCCAUGGUCUGGCGCGCUGGCUAGCCAACCGCGCCCUUUGACCACCGCGCGGCGUCGUGGCUACUGAUGGCCAGUGCGCGAGUAGCAGUCCUCGCGCGUCGAUCAGCAGCUACUAGAUAAGCGCUAGCGUCUGAGCUGGUCCGUCGCGCUCUCCACGCCUUCGUUAAGGAUUCGGCACGUUGCGCGCGACACGCGUAGGCAUGCAUGUCGCGGAAAACGGACGUAAGCAGGAGCUCAACACCUCGAAGGCGAAUCCACGAGCAUACAUACCAUAAAACAUUGCCAGUCUAGGUAUCUCUAGGUCUUAAACUAACGGAGAAAAUACCUUCGAUAUAAAAACUUGUCAAUUUAGCCACCAUUACAUAGUAACGUUAACUAACGCUAAGGACGACACCGUGACUCGUCGGUUUGAGACUCGUCUGCGACGAUUGAAUCGGAGCCGGCUUGAGGAUGAAAAAAUAUAGAAUUAUUGACGUUCGUCGAGGUCGAGGGAGGAUCGUCGCUCUGAUGCCGUCAGCAGCGCUCGAGCGCGGAGGAAACGUAGCGGAAAUCGCGUGGUGGCAUGUGUGCGUCUGUAUGCGAGCGAGCGAGCGAAAGAACGAGAGAGAGAGAAAGAAAGUGCGAUCGAGAGCGAGAGCGAAUGAGCGCGUGUGAUGAUAUGAGUGCGCGAGUAGGAGCGGGUGCGUUAGGAACCGAGCAUAACGACGGGGGCGGAAAAGUUCAUAUUCCGAACGAAGAUAAACGAUGUACUAUCGGAGACUGGUGCGACUUAUUGUUUAAGUAAGUACACAGAGUAAUAUAUAAGUAUAUAUGUAUAUUAACGUAAUAAAAAAGAGAGGCGCGCGCGCGCGUACGCGGCCGCGUUAGGUACGCGCGCGUAUUCAUACUAGACACACGUGCGUGCACACGUGCGUACGCGGAACAAUGCGUGCGUAGUACAUGUAUAUGUAGGUACGUCGAUGCAUCGCGAGGGGAUUCACGCGGGGGUGCGUUCGCGCGAAAACCCGAGAGGCGGAAACGCGAGAUGGGGCAAUGCGACACGAGACGCCCACGACGAGAGAGCGGUUCCGGUUUCGCGGUGGCGGCUACGCUCCGCUCGGCAUCCGCAUUUGUUUGGAUUAUCGCCAAGUCGACACGGCCGACACGGUCGCCUUUCAUUUCGUAGGACUUUUGUACGAUUUUUAACGCGCGCGACUUCUCUCCAUUUCUGUAUACGUGACAAGAGACCCGGCGUCGCCGCCACGGCGAGAUCGCGCGGCGAUCUCGUCACUCGUCCGAGGGCGUCUUCCGUACGUGCGUGUGCACGUGGCUCAAUCCGGGAGUAUUCUUAGCUCGUAACUUACGUAGUCGCGACUGUUUUACGUAGGGUAACUCCCGGGACGUACGACGAUUAUAGAUCGGACGUAAGGAACGCUCCAAUCGAGUCGAAAACUCGAGGCGGACCGGCGAACCAAGGCAGAAGGCAACUCGGCGCGCGCGUUCGACGUCUACUUUCGCUUGAGGGGAGGAUUCCGUUAUCUGGAAUUUAUUAUCUAAGUGGAUUGCGUUUUUAGCCUCCGUUAGUAAUCUUAAUGGUCUUGUUAUCUCGUUCUGUUUCGUCGCUGCAGCGACGAGUUUUUGUCAAUUUAAUUAACGUUGAUUGCGCGGUGCUCCACUUUCCCAUUUCGGAUGUCGCGCAACCCGCUGCUCGCACUUUCUGAAAUCUCGUUCACGAACGUCGAUCACUUGCAAGAAGUUUCCAAAACGUACACUUGAAGCUUCUUCCUUUUAUAUACCGGUUGCCCCAGUAACCCAGAACAAUGUCCCUUUUCGAAUCCCUUUUGUAAUCGGUUAUUUAACGAGAAUUGAAUCAACGUAUUUGAUUAUUAAUCUUGAUAAUUAUAUCUCAAAUUGUGAUCUCGUAAAAUGGAAUUUCAUUUUAAAUAAAAAAAUACAGUUUCCAUUAUUGGUUAUUAUCUAAAUCAUUUUAUUCGUCAGCAUUUUUUAAUGUUCUCCAGGGUGUUUAAUUCAAGACUGACUGAACGAUAUUUUUUUCGACCUGAUUUUUAAUAUCUAUUGCCUGAGAAAGGCGCGCAACUUCUAAAGCUCUCUAUAUAUACACACACAUACACAUGCGCGUUCUCUUUUUGCUGGCCUUCUCUCUCGUAGCGGCUGACUGCAAGCUGCGACGUGGAAGCUUGCCAUUCAGGAUAUCGACCAGCUGACACGCCCAACCCCAACCCUCCGGCUCUUUCCCGCCCGUUCUACGCUUUCGCCCUUGUGCUCCUCUCGUCUCCCCCAUUCUCUCUUCCUCCAUUCUGCCCCGCAAUCGCCAAACAGUCCGUUUACCAGGCGCUUCUGUCAGUCGCGCAUUUAAUAAGGAGCUCCCUGCCUCAGUACCCCGCGAGAAUUCUUUAUGAAAGUAGGUAAUCCCAGUCGGAGAUUCUGCCUUGGACCGCCAUCCACAUUCGAGAGAAACGAAGGAGGGUUGGCCGUAUGCGAGCGUCACGUUCCACCAAUACGACAACACGGGAUCGUGCGAUUUUUAUUAGACGACCUCGGUCACUUUUAUCGACUCCGUCUCAUCGGAGACGGGGCAGUCAUUUUGUAGCAUCAGCAACUUAAACGGAUAUUCGUUAGAAAAAGUACACACGUACCGUGCUCAAACUCGACCAUGAUCUCUCGUCAAGCCGGCAACAUCCAAGAAGGAGGAUAACGCAGAUCGUCGCCAAUUCGACGGCACAUUUCGAUUCGGCUCGCAUUUUCCGCGCGGCGAGCACUCGACAUCCGGUUCCGAAAGUCGCGAUCACGCGACUGAUGCAAAUAACGUUUGGCGCGGAGGAGCCGCAGAGUUGCGUGUCCAGCCCUCGUUCGUUUCUUUCUUCGGCUACGUUCGCGUAUAAUAUAUAAGUAUCGAUACACUUCCACGUCCGCCCCAACCGGAAGCAUUAUAUGCAAUUUGUAUAACUGUACAUCCGUUAUCUACUCGGAGUUUCUAUAUAAUAGCAGAAAAUAGGAAGGCAGAGGGAAGGGAGGGAGAGAGGAUCUAUCUCGUUUUGUCGUUGUGAUAUAUUCUAUGCUAGCUAUAUCCGUUUAUCCGCGCGUGCACGGCAACGUGCACGCGUGCCUAUCGUUUAUUGCUGGAUCUUCAAGCCGCGCGGACAAACAGUAAGAAGAAUUGGCGCGUCCACGAUAAAAUGACGAGCAACUCUUCCCUAGAUAAGCGAGUAGUUAGGUGUAAAGCGAAACGAACUAAUUAGAUAAUUCCGUAAUCAAUUACCUAUACGAAUAGUUAACAAAAUAGUUCACACUAGGAGGUUUCGUGCGUGUCCCUCGAUACAAAAUUUAAUGGAGAUUCGCGAAUGAGAAUGAAAUUAUGUUACUUUCGGAUACGUGCAAUUGAACCGGCUAGUUUUAUAAAAUAUUAUAAAUUUUAUUCAUUUCUACAGUGAUAUCAAUGAUGAACGAUAACUUUAUGAUUCGUAAUGAUCUAUCAUGCGUUAAUUCCUUGAAAACGCGCGACGCAAUUUUAUUGCAAUUUUGUAAAAAUAUAUUUUAUACCUUGUCGCGAAAGCAUUCGGUACAACUAACAAAAUGCACAUUGACACACGCACGUCGCGUAGGACGCGCCAAUUUCUUGAAGACGCUACGAUCGACCAUUAUAUCCGACUAGAAAUUUAUCCAGUGGUCCUGAUCAGGUUGACCUUAUUUUAUUAUCAGGUCCUGAUAAGGUAAAUUCAUCGGGACCUGAUCAGUCAUGUAACGCAACACAAUAGUUAGGUCCUUAUCUGGAUAUCCUCAUCAGGUUUAUAUCGGGUUGAAUUAUUAAAUCCUUACUACCCAGACAGCACCAAGUCGUCUAAAGGAUUACUAAAACUUGAUAUUUUCGGUGAGUGUAAGAGUCCUUAGAACAUGUACUACUAGUAUAUGUUCUAAGUAAGAGUCCAAAA